CACCUUGAAGACGAUGGAGGUGACCGGGGGUGCCGAGGCUCCCGAAUCAGAAGAGUUGCGGGCGCUGAAGCCGUGUCUGCUGCGCCGCAACCACAGCCUGGAACAGCACGGCGUGGCGGCCUCCUGCCUGGAGGAGCUGAGGAGCAAAGCUUGUGACAUUCUGGCCAUUGAUAAGUCCCUGGCACCAAUCACCCUGGUCCUAGCAGAGGAUGGCACCAUUGUGGAUGAUGAGGACUACUUCCUAUGUCUACCUCCCAACACUAAGUUUGUGGCAUUGGCCAGUAAUGAGAAAUGGAAAUACAAAAUUUCAGAUGGAGGUACAGCUUGGCUUUCCCAAGAGUCCUUUGAUGUGGAUCAGACAGAUAGCGGGGCAGGACUGAAAUGGAAGAAUGUGGCCAGGCAGCUGAAAGAAGAUCUUUCCAGCAUCAUCCUCCUGUCAGAGGAAGACCUCCAGGUGCUGAUUGAUGUCCCCUGUUCAGACCUGGCUCAGGAACUCGGCCAAAGCUGUGCCACGGUCCAGGGGCUCCAGAACACUCUCCAGCAGGUGCUUGACCAGAGGGAGGAAGCCCGCCAGUCCAAGCAACUCCUGGAGCUUUAUCUGCGAGCCCUGGAGAAGGAGGGCAGCAUCCUGUCAAAGCACGAAGAGACCAGAGCCGGGUUUGUUGCAGAGAUGGAUACAGUCGACAUGGGCAUUAGCAGAGAAACAGUCUCUGGAAUUGCACUCACAAGCCAGAUCCUUUCAGCACUGAAAGAGAAGCCUGCUCCAGAACUGAGCUUAUCGAGUCAGGAUUUGGAGUUGGUUACCAAGGAAGACCCCAAAGCCUUGGCUGUUGCUUUGAACUGGGACAUAGAGAAAACUGGAACUGUUCAACGGGCCUGUGAGCAGGAGCUCAGCCUGCGCCUGCAGCAGAUCCAGAGCUUGCACGCUCUCAGGAGUGUUUCAGCAAGGAAGACCUCACUGCCUGGACAGCCGCAGAACCCUAAACGAGCCAAGCGAGAGCCCACCUAG